GCUGGAACAUUGGCUGCAAACGCAUUCGAUGUAUUCAAUUGCACAAGAGCUUAUGUCGAAGGAAUCAUUUGAAAAUCACAUGAAAUGCCUGAAAUUAUCUGGAUCGAAACUUGUCAAUAAAUGGAAAAUGAUUGAACACAAAUUGGAAGUAGCAAAUUUUGAAGCGUCAGAAAAUGUACAGUUCUUGAACUCAUUGGAACGUUUCCAGUUUCCACUCUACGGAAAGAUUGAAAAUAUCAAAGCUCAUGUCGAACCAUUGUUCGUGGCAUUACGAUCGGUUUACAAAACAUCGACCUUUUACAACACACCGAAUGCAAUGGCAAGCUUUUUGACCAAAUGCACAAACCAUUUAACACUUUGCUGUCGCAGAUUCAUUGCUGACGGUGAUUCAAUCAAUUUGUUUCUACAACCGUCACCCGAAUUGUUGCAGAAAAUUUUCAUUUGCCUUGAACUGCUGCGAGUUUAUCAAAAAACAUUUGAAGAGACCAUGACCGCAAUGCGAUCAACCGAUGAGCCAGUGUGGGAUUUCGCCGAAAAGUACGCAUUUGGGCAAUCAAAUCAAUUGACCGCCAGAUUAUUGAAGUUGCAAGAAAUCAUUGAAACCGAUAUGAAAUACUCCGUUUUGGAUGGCCUUUUGAUGGAAAAUAUUCAAGAUUUUUCCGAACCAAUAAACAAAGCGCACGAUGAAAUUACAAAGAAACUUUACGAUCAUUUGGACAUCAGAAAUGACCAAUUCGAUGUUGACUUCGAAAAAUGGAAGAGCACAAUGAAGCGCAUAGAGAAAGAGAUGCACCAGUUUGUGAUGAACCACAUCAGUCAAUUCCCAACAAAACCUUUAAUUGCUCUAAAUCAUUUGAGACGAUUCGAAAGCUUAAAUUUUGAAUGUCUAACGGUCGAAGAUCGAUACAUUGAUAUUACUACUGCAUUCAUUAAUAACAUAAACACUUUGAAAGACUCAUUCAAUUUGAAAAAAGUGUCGCCCGUUAUACCAAAUUUGAUGUGUAUGUACAGCGGACGAAUCGCUUGGACGCGAUCGAUCGAAAUGAAAAUGAAUGAAGUCGUUGAACUAGUGCGAACCAGAGAAUUCUUCACCGAUGAAAAAAAGCUGAUUAUUCAACGCACCAUCAAAUUCUACAAUUCAUUAUCAAAAGACUUGACGUUGUAUGAAUUCCAACAAUACAAAGCAUGGUUUGAUACUGUUCACUACGUAUUCGAUUUGCUCAGUCAGCCAGUGAUACGCAGAAAUGCUAACACCAAUCGGUUGGAAGUCAAUUUUGACAUUGCGAUUCUGAACACCAUUGAAGAAGGCAAAAAAAUGGCUAGACUUCACUUAGAUAUGCCUCAUCUCGGGGAAGCACUUGUCACCUACGAAGACGAUAUAAAACGCAAAUUGAGAACAAUGAGACACUUGAUCAGGAGAAACGAUGACAUGCGCCUAUCGAUACCAAUUGUUUUUGUGAAUAUAUUCCGUCCACAACUCCAACGAAUUGAUAAGGCGCUCAAAGCUGGUUUGUCCCAAAUCCAAUGGCUAUCGAAAGAUUUUGAUGGUUAUGUUGAAAACGCAGCGAAGAUAUUGGAUGAAGUUUGUAUUUUGGUGAAACGUGCUUCGGAUCGAAAGGUGUUCCACAUCGAAGAUAUAAUAUUAACAAUGAGCGAGUUGAAAUUAAUUAUUCUAUUUGACGAACCAACCGAAAUGAAAGUUCUAAUUGAUGAAAAUGAGAAACACAAGACGGAAACCGCUCAAAAGCUCGAGACAAAGUCGAUAAUGGCACAAAAAGCAACCGUUGAAUUGAUACAUUUAUUCAUUGAGCACACUAAUAUUUCAACUGCAGAGGAUAAGUAUGAUUUUAUGGCCUUUGAAAAGAUUUUCCAACAUGUGUUUGUUUACAACGAUGGAGAUCACAUUGAACCAUUAUUCAAAGACUAUGAUGAGCUGCAGUAUGGUAUUGAGCAACUUCACAGUGAUUGUAUGGAUUUAUUCAACUAUUUCGCUCAUCUCAUUCUCGAUGGCAUGAUCAAAGGCACAAGAAAGGCAUACGAUGCGGUCACAGAACAUUUCUUUCUCAGAGAAGUGCCAACCGUUUUGGCAGUGGCAAAACUUGAGUCUGCAACAUGUUGCUAUUUAUCGCCGCCACUUGAAUCAUUGAGCGAAUCGUUCUUACACUUAAUCCACAACGUAACUGACAUUUUUCGCGGUGUCGAUUCAUGGGGUGCAUUGGCUGCUGUGGCAGGAAGCACCAAAUACAAUCUUGAUGAAAACAAUUUGAAGGAGGGCUUUUUGAAUAAUGUCCUGGGUAAUAAGGAAAUUCAGCGUUCACGUGCAAAGUUUGACAGUGGAUUGUCGCUGUUGCAGCCGCAGGUUGAUAGAUUGCUCAAAGACAUUUAUGCGAAAAACUGCCAUCUUUGGCCAGAUGAUCUGGAAGAACAAUUGCAAACAUUCGUUGACACCGACCCAUAUCCGUCGACCAUCGAAGACGAAUUCUGUAAAUACCAACAAAUUUUGGACGUAUUGGAAAGUGCUGAGAAAGUCAUUCAAAUCAAUUGCAUUGCGAUUGGAUUGAAUGAAGUGUAUGAGCAAUUUUUGGAGCAUGCACGAAAAUGGAAGCGUCGUUUGGCCGAACUGUUGGCGGAAAUUUACAAAGACAUAUACGACGAACUCAACGAUUUCAUUCAAGAUACGGAAUGUGUUUUGCGUCGUGAACUAAAAGACGAAGAAGAUUUUACCGCAGCAAUUGAAUGCCUUUUGCAUGUAUACCAAAAUAGUGAACGAUUGGAAACCAAUUUGUACAAAACCACUGGAACAUAUGCUAUUUUGGAGAAAUUCCGUGAGCCCAUCGGCAAAGUGGAUAAAUGGGACAUUGAUCAAUUGGCCGUACGUUAUGGCACCACAUUUGCAAAUACGAAAGGAGUUGAAGUGUAUAUCCGUAAUAAUUUCGAUGAAAUCAUUUCCAAAAUCUAAGUCCAGAGAAAAGGGAUGAGAAAUCAUGUUGUAAUAUUCAAUCAUGUGACAAGUUAUAAUAAUAAAA